AUGACGAUUGAAGAUGAAAUUCGAAGAAAAUCGGUUGAAGCGCCGAUUGUAGCUGAAUCGGUUGAAGCGCCGACCGUAGCUGAAUCGAUUGAAGAGCCAAUUGAAGGAAAUCGGUGUUCCACAUCAGUGGUGGUUCCGCCUUCUUCCGCGGUGGUUCCGUCUUCUUCCGCGGUGGUUCCGACUUCUUCAGAGUAUGAUUUGUUUAACAUGGCUAUUGACAUAGAAAACAGAAAAAUAUCAAAGCGCAAAAGGCGUACCUCGGUAUCACAGAAAGAGUUAAUGAAUAUUGAGAAAAAACAAAAGAAAAGCAUAGAGAAUGAAAAACAGAGUGAGAAUGCUGAAAAUGUAUCUCAAAGGCUUCUAGUGAAAAGGAAGCCUUUGUUUUUUGUUGAAGCAAUAAGCCAAUUGAAUGAGGCACAGAUUAAUUCUGUGAAGGAGAUUGGUUUUGAGAGUGUCUUGCAUUACAAAAUUGAAUACAUUCCUAGUAGAUUAGCAUUUUCUUUGUUGAAGAGCUUUGAUGAAGAAAAGUGUAAGAUAAAGCUUUAUAAUGGGAAAAAAAUUCAUAUCACGGAAGAGGAUGUGGAGCUUGUGUAUGGAUUUCCAAGAGGUAACAUUACUUACUAUAGAGAGAAGUGGAAAAGUAAUGCACCUUUCAUGAGGGAGUUAGCAGAACAAUGCGAUACAAAACCAGGAAAUGUGAACCAUAAAGCUGUUGAACAACUUAUGUUAGCAGAUAAGGAAGGAGGACCACAGUUCAAGAGAUUGUUCUUGGUCCUAUUAGAAUCUGCAUUGAUUGAGCCUUCAACAUGUGGAAUGAUAAAAUCUAAGAUUGGAGAGAUAGUUGAUGAUUUGGAUAAUGUUAGAAAUAUCAACUGGUGCUCAUAUACAAUCUCUGUGCUCAAGUUUGCUAUUGAUAAUUGGUCGAAGACAGAGAAGAACGCCUUUGCAGGACCACUUCCCUUCCUCAUGCUCUACUACUUAGACAGAGUUACACAAGACACGCGUCCUGUUCCUCGCACAUUUCCAUUAAUGAAAGGAUGGAAAAGUGAGCAUCUACAGGCUAGAGAAGAUAGAGAGACAAGUGAAGGAGUUUUUGGUUUAGGACGUAUAAAGAAGAGAUAUGUCCGUACUCUGGAGCCGCACGAGGAAGAGAAGCAGGAGGUUGAGGUGGAUGAGCAGAUGCCUCAACAACAGAUUCCUGAUGACUGUGCAGUUGGGUCUUCCCAGAACCUACUCCCAAAAGAUUUCAUACAGGAGGAGCAGCAGCAAGGGAAUGAAGAAAAAAGUGUUGAUGACCAACCUUGUGAGAGUCCUCAAAGAAGCUUCAUCACAGAGCAAGAAAAAUGA